UAAAUAAUAAUAUAUAGUAUAUAUAUACCGUAUAAUAAUAUAAUAAUCUUUAAAUACAUUAAAGUUGAAUACCAAUUUUAUUGUUCAUCAACAGUAAAAUUUGCAUCUCAAUUUCGCGCCAACCAAAAGUCUAAAUUUCCUUCUUUUUUAACCCAGCAUUUAAAAUGACCACGUUUUACAUUUCAAAAAGAAAAAAAAAAAAAAAAGACCACGUUUUACAUGUUCCUUUAAUUAGUUCUUUAGGUGUUAUAACGAAAUUGCCCCUUUAAAGUGUCAUAUAGCAUGCCAUGAUUUUACCUAUUCAUGUCAUUUCACAAAAAAACUCUCGUAACACUCCUUUGAACCCUCGCUACUCUUUCUUUCCUAUUGUUCUACUCUCAGCGCCUCUCUUUCCAUCUCCAUUACUUCUCCAUUUUCUUUGUUCUUGCAUAUUUUCCUCAAAAUUUUUGCCACUUCUUUCUCUUGCUUUGGUCAAUAGAAGAUUUGCGCUUUUACUGUUAGUGGAGGCAGGAUUUUGGGUUUUAUAUUCGAAUUCUUUUAUUAAGAAAACUAUAUAUGCUUUGAAGCAAAUUGUUUUCAAUAACAGGGUUCAGAGUUUAGCUUGUCUUAAGGUUCGAGUCUUGUGCAAAUGGAUGUGGGUUUCUGUCAUUUACAAGGUAUUCUUAACUACUUUAUUUUUUGCACAAAUAUUAAGUGAUACGAGAUAUGAGAUCUUAUAAUCUUGUAUAUUUUGAUUAAAGUUAUGUAAUAUGACAGUUAAACAUAUUUGAUUUGGCUGAUUGUAUAUUAUGAUUUCUUUUAAUAGAAUAUAUUUGAUUAUUUAUUAA